UUUUUUUUUAUAUUGAGCAAUAAGAGAUCCUAGUACAAUAUGGAAAUGGAGUAUACUGCAGACACUCCCAGACAACUGAAAGAGUCCAAGCACGCUCUUCAACUUUUAACAGAGAACACCCCAAAUGGCAAAAAGGUGCAGAUUCUUCUGGAAGAGCUCCAUGACGCUUACGGAACUUCAUGGGCUACCCACCUCAUCGAUCUCGAGACGGAUGAACAGAAGAAGAGCUGGUUCCUUCGUUUGAACCCAAAUGGGAGAAUUCCGGUCCUUCUGGAUAGGUCUGAAGGAGGCUCAGUCAUCUCCAUCAUGGAAAGCCAAGCAAUACUCACCUACCUGCAAGAAAAUUAUGACCAGAACAAUUUGUUUGGAUUCACUUCUGCAUCCGAGCGAAGCCAAGUAAUGCAGUGGCUGUUCUUCUGGCACUCGUCUGCUCCGGUGCAAGGACACGGCAGACAUUUCAUCAAGGGGGUCCAAGAGCCUAUACCUUAUGCGGCAGAGUACUUCCAAAAGGCAAUGCUCCGCAUAUAUUCCGUGCUCGAAGCCCAUCUCAGCGGACAGCAUGGGGCAUCCGCAACGCCUCGCGAAUAUCUAGCCGGUGACGGCAUCGGCAAGUAUACGAUGGCUGACAUGGGCACUUGGCCCCAUGUUCGAGGCUACCGCGCCCUGGGCUUCUCGGAGGAUGAUAUGCGGCCAAAGUUUCCCCAUCUUCUGCGGUGGAUUGAAAGGAUAGAGGCUAGGCCGGCGGUGCAGAGAGGCAUUGAUGCUAGGAAAUACGAUAGUGAGGAGAACCCGGGACUUUUGACCUGCGUCGAUGGCAGCGGCAACUCCAAGUCCAUCAACGUGGACGCGUACUGCUCCCAGACUUAUGGCAAUGCCGCCUACGCGGACCCUCAGGGAGGCGGCGCCUAUGACUGGGGCUGCUACUGGCGAUAGAUGGCUGUGAGGAUGUUGGAACGGCUUUGCUUGGCCAGAUUGGCUGUGAAGUUGGACAAAAGCUUGGGGAUGGGCCUCAAGAUUGAGGAUGAUUGAGAGACGUAUGAGGUUGUGAUGGCUUAUAGGGUUAUUUCUAUUAUAAAAGCCCUUAAUACCACUCGUUGGAUUAACACGCAUUUUUUUUACUUUUGACGUAUCUGUAUCCCGAAAUUUGGACAGCUCUAAGCUUUACAGGCAUUGCCGUGUACGUACUGGAUGCCAGUAAUGUAGUGUUGUCAUGGCCUUGGAUUCGAAUACAACUUGCCCUCUUCAUGUGUCCGGUAUCUGCAUCAAGUCGUUAUUGAGCACUAGGCCUCCACAAGAGAGAUGUAAUUACAUGUCCAUUCU